GUAUGCUUUUAGAUUUAGACAAAUUCUCAAAGUAUUCCAAUAAGUGUAGAGGGCGUGUAGUACGGCACUGAUUGUAAAGCGAACCUAUUGUUAAUAAAGACAUAAUAAAAUUUUUUUUCUCAAUUACAUUGAAUUUAUGAAGUUAAAAUAUGUCGGAUAGUUCGGAUGAGGAAUUAAUCGGUGGAGACGGAGCUGAAAAAUGGGUUUUGUAUCGAGAUCGUGAUGAAUGGAAUGAUGUGACACCUUUGCCACAAGAUGAUGGUCCAAAUCCAAUUGUUGCUAUUGCUUAUUCUGAAAAAUUUAAAGAUUCAUAUGAUUACUUUCGAGCAAUUUUAAAAUCUGGAGAGAAAUCAGAACGUGCUUUAGGAUUGACAGAAGAUUGUAUUUGGUUGAAUCCUGCAAAUUACACAGUAUGGCAAUUCAGAAGGGAAAUACUUAAAUCUUUGGGAAAAGAUUUAAAAGAAGAGUUAAAAUAUAUAGAUAAAAUUAUAAAAUACAAUUCCAAGAACUAUCAAGUUUGGUAUCAUAGAAAAGUUAUUGUGGAAUGGCUGCAAGAUGCCUCAGAAGAGUUGGAAUUUACUAAGGUUAUUUUAAAAAAAGAUGCAAAAAAUUAUCAUGCUUGGCAACAUCGUCAAUGGUGCAUUAAAACAUUUAAUUUAUACGACAAAGAGUUGGAAUACGUAGAACAAUUAUUAAAUGAGGACGUUAGAAAUAAUUCAGCAUGGAAUCAACGUUAUUUUGUUAUAAGUAAUACAACUAAGUUUGAAUCAAAUGUAAUCGACAAAGAAGUUGAUUUUGCUUUGGAAAAAGUUUCAUUAGUCAAAGGGAAUGAAAGUGCCUGGAAUUAUCUUAGAGGUAUACUUAUGCACGAUAGUGCCGGUUUAACUCGUAACGACAAAGUACGUAAAAAAUGUAUAGAACUUUAUGAGGCAGGAUAUCGGACCAAUCAUUUAUUAGCCUGUAUCAUCGAUAUUUGUCUGGACAGUUGUAUAAACGACGAAUCAUCUGAAUCAAUAUUUCACAUCAGCAAUGCUCUAAAGCUGUGCAAAGAGCUAUCUGAAAAUCACGAUAAGAUCAGGAAACGAUAUUGGGAUUAUAUUGGCCAGCAAUUAUUACAGAAGUUAGAAACAGUGUCGUAAUAUUUUUUUAACUCGAAACAAUGGCUUCUUAAGAGUCUUAUAUAAGUCAUUGUCAAAUGGUUCUAGUAUUUGAACUUUCAUACAUUGACUUUUAUCUUUAAUAAUGCUAAGAUGUAUAUAUUAAGGAAAGAUUUAACGAUUAUAAGGUAAUCUUAUUUUACACGAUAUAACUUAAGAUUUCUUAUGUUUCUGAAAAUACUAUAAUUUUUUAUUUUCACGGAAUAAAAAGAUGUAAUAAUCCUAAACUAUAUAAAAAGUUUGUAUUUUUAGAAAUAUAAUCAUUCAAUCGAGAGACCUUGUAAAAAUGGAAAAUGGAAGCUUUAGGAGAAAGAGUAGUGUGCAAUGACGAACAUUAAUAUCUAUUUAUUUAUAAAAUAUUUACAGAUUUCCGUGUAUAAUACAUAAGUAAUUGGCAAUAAUCAUUCAUUAUAAUAAAUAGCUAGGCAUUGGCGUUAAACUAAUCAUAAAAACCUAACUUUUAAUAUAGCAUUUUUAUUUCCGAGGGAUGCUCAGUUUUAUAAUACCCUUUUCUAAACUGAUAGAAAUCUCAUUAAACCGAGGCUUCAUUACUAAAAAACGUGAGAUUAUUUUAAUCUCAAAAUAGGUAUAUAUGCCUUCUUUGGAGGCAUUUUUUAGCGGAUCGUCUGAAACGAGAAGCGAUUUUCGUUGCGGACAAGCGACGGGCAGUGACUGUGUUGCUCGAGCCGGACGAUUCGCUUUUACGUCUAGAUAUGAGAAUUUUUUCUUUUCUUUUCUUUUCUUUUCUUUUCUUAUUUUUCUUUCUUUCUUUCUUUCUUUCCUUCCUUUUUUUGUUUUAUUUCUAUUAAUAAUUUCUGGCCCUUCCGUAGGAUCUAACGAUACCCUAAUGAUAUAGGAAAGCAUACUUUUUUUCGAAACUUGUAUUUUAUUUCGGAUAACACAUAUCAAUAAUAUAUAAAAAAAAAAACACAACACUUUUUCCUAUUCUUCGUUCUCGAAAUCUGACGAGUAAUGUUACACGAGCUACUCUAUAUAUUAAAAAAAAAAAAAAAAAAAAAAAAAAAAAAAAAAAAAAAAAAAAAAAAAAAAAAAAAAAAAAAGUCGAAGCUUCCUUAAAUCUCAAGUAAAACUUGUUCGAUUUUUUAUCAAGCGUGAUGUUAAAAAACAUUAGUACAUAUAAUAUAUAAAAAGAUAUCGUUUACGCAAUCGCGUAAUUAGAAGAAAAAAAAAGAAAAAAAGAAAGAAAGAUUGAAAAAAAAAAAAAAAGAAAAGAACAGAAACAAACACAAAAGAAAACAACGUUCGAUCGCUGCUUCGUUUUUACCGACGAUCUUAUUUCAUACGAAACGACGCUGAAGAAUAAUAAAAGCAAUCGAAAGAAAGCUCUCAGCGUUGGAUUCUUCGUUGAGAGUGGCGAAAUGCGUGGGCGGGCAGGGGGGGGGGCGGAGGGGGAUCCUAAAGCACGGUUCAUCUAUCCUAACAUUUAACAAUCAACAUUCAAACGAUAACUCCCUCUGCGCGAUCUUGCAUCUCUUCGAGUGGAGCUCGCUCUUUUUUUUUUUUUUUUUUGUCAAUGUGCAUUUAGAUAUGCUAAUAUAUAUAUAUAUAUAUAUAUAUAUAUAUAUAUAUAUAUAUAUAUACAUACACAUUUUUAUAUACAUAUAUAUAUUUUCUCCAUCGAAUGCAUCAAAGUUAAGCGAUGUCUCUUCGAAGAAGCGCAAAGGUUAGCUUUCCAUCGUUACAACGACAAGACUUUGAAUCUAUAAGACACCUGGUCUUAUCUCAGAUUUAUACAUAUAUAUAUGUAUAUAUACUGAAUUUACACAGAAAAUAUAUCCGCUAUUUGAAUAAUUUUUUUCUCUUAAUUAUCAUCAUCAUCAUCAUCAUCAUCAUCAUCAUCAUCAUCAUCAUCGUCAUUACCAUCAUCAUCAUCAUCAUCGUCAUUACUAUCAUCAUCAUCAUCGUCAUCAUUAUCAUCAUCAUCAUUACCAUCAUUAUCAUCUCAUCAUCAAUAUUAUUUUUUUAUUAUUACUAUUAUAAUCUUUCGUUUAAAAUCCGUCAUAGUUUAACAUCGUAUAGUGAUUUCUGUUUAUAUUAUUAUUUAUAGUGUCUAAUUACGCGACACGUAUCAAGUUACAAGUAAAAGAGUUUUUCUCCCUCCCUCUCUCUCUCUCUCUCUCUCUCUCUCUCUCUCUCUCUCUCUCUCUCUCUCUCUCUCUCUUUCUCUCUCUCUUUUUCGAUCUCGCAUUUUUUAAGAUGCCGUGAAAAUAUUCGCAAUCGUAUUAAUCGUAUAAUUUUGUUUGUUUUUCUUUUUUUUUUCUUAUUUAUUUAUUUAUUUACUCCACCAUCCUCUUUUUCUCGUACAUUAUUAGAUACGUGCCGCGUAGAAAAAAGAAAAAAAAGAAAGAGCAAAAAAGAAAAAAAAAAAAAAAGAAAAAACAUCAUUAGGCUAUUCUUUUAAGUUCUCGUUUAUGUUUCCCCUUAUAAUAAAUAGUCUAUGUUUGGACCAUCUGUCAUCCAGUACAAGCACAGCCCGAUCACUUUAAUAUUCCAUCGAGUUUCGUACGCUCGAUCGUAGUUAACGAUUGAAAAAAAACAAAAAAACCUUCCGUCGAUUUUUCUUUUCUUUACGUUACAUUUUUUUUCUAUGUGUGUGUGUGUGUGUGUGUGUGUGUGUGUUUUUUCUCUUUUCUAUUCAUUUAUUUAUUUAUUGUUUUCUCUUUAUCUUCUUCUAUAUUCCUCGUGGCCCUAACGAAGGAUGGAGUCGAGUUUAAAUUACUGAUCGAAUCACCCUUCUUCUUCUUCUUCCUUCCUUCCUUCCUUCCUUCCUGUCCAGCAAGAUAACGCGUACAAAAGAUAUCAUAGGGAAAUAUUUCUUUUCGUAUCGAUUGAUAUUUCGAGCUAUGGCUACUUCGAGAAGGAGAUAGAUUUUUUUUUGUUUUUUUUUUGUUUGUUUGUUUUUUUUUUUUUCUUUUUUUUUUAUAGAGAAGAUAGAUCUUCACAAUUCUACUUACUUAUACAGAGAGAGAGUCUCUUGAGUAAUAGAGAGUAAGAUAUAAGAUAAUACGCGCAAUUUGUACCUGCUUUAAUAUUCUUUAAUCCAUCUCACCCCUUUUUUCCUCCUCCUCCUCCUCCUCCUCCUCCUCCUUCUUCUUCUUCCUCCUUCUCGAGAAGAAGAACGUUGUUAUAUUUUUCUUUUUUUUUUUUUAUAUUCUUUUUUAUUCGUACGUUAUUUUUAGAUAAUCAUCAAAAAUACGUAUCAUCGAAUGAGUAUUCGAAACAACAUCAUCGAUUAUUUAUCAUUUUAUAGAGAUCGAUAUAUUAGAAGAGAAAGAUAUUCGAAGAAGACAGUAAAGAUUUUUGUAACGUGUCCGUCUGACGAAGUAAAUAUAGUUUCCCUUUUUUUGAUCUAUCAUAUAUAUCAUACAUCAUCUAUCAUUGUAAUAUGUUACAAAAAAAAAAAAGGAAGUUCUCUCGCGACGUUAUACGCGACGAAAAAUGAGAAUGAUUGAUCUAUCGAUGACAUUGUUCGAUAAAGAUGAUAUCGCGUUUGGAAGUCGAUCGAAUGCACAUAAAUAAAUAAUAAAUCAAUAAGUAAAUAAAUAAAUAAAUACAUACAUACAUACAUACAUACAUACAUACAUACAUACGUAGUUUUAAGAUCGCAAUUUUGUUGAGUCAAAUUGUUAUUAAAACGUUCGUCCUUCAUUUCUUUCAUUAUUUCUUUCUUUCUUUCUUUCUUUUUUCUUCUUCUUCGUGUCAUGUGCUGUGAGAAUAGAAUUCUAAUCGUCGAACCAUGCGUGCUCGUGAACGCUUCCUUUUUAAAAAGAGAUCCGCGUGCGCUGACGUGCGUUAUGUUAAUUACGAUAGUUAUAGUAAACG